AUGUUGGUUGUUUCCACCAAUACAAUACAAUGUUGGAAGAUCUUUCGAAGAUAUACAGCUUCUGAUUCCAUUGCUGGAGAGCUUGAGAGCUCCCAUAUCAUUGGUACAGAGUCAACCGUUGCUCAUCUCUGUAGAUUUCCUUCAAUUCCAUUUGCUCCAACAUCACACUCUAGCUCCUGCUGCAACUCGAAGAAGAGUCAUGGAAGAACAACUGAAAACCUGGAGAAAAGAAUCGAACAGCAGAAUGAAAAGCUUGAAGAUCAGAACCAAAAGAUGGAUCAGAAAUUCGAUGAACUCUUGAAGGUGAUGCAAGCAUUCAAGGACUCAUCUGAUUCUCAUUCUACUGGCAGUCAUAAUGACAGAAAUCAUCACAACAGAACUCUAGGUUUAGGGACAAAUCCUGUCUUAAAUGUGGUUGAAACUUUUAAUAAGCUGCAACAAUUGAGUACACUAGAGGAUUAUAUUGAUGAAUUUGAGAAUUUGAGGUCUAUAAUGUUGAAGAAUAACCACAUACUGCAUGAUACAUAUAUGUUGGAAAGUUUCAUUGGGGGAUUGAAACCUGCUGUGAAGCCUUUUGUUAAAGCCUUCAAACCAACCACUAUUGCUGAAGCCAUUGAUCUGGCUAGAUUGCAGGAAGAAAACCUUGAAGCCUUUACCCACAAAACCCAUAAAUCACCAAUGUAUAACCCAAAACCCUUACAAGCUGUUCCACUACUACCAAACCAUAAACCCUCACUGUUACCUACACCUGUCACCAAGCCAAACACAAAUACCAACCUAACUCUCACUAAAUACCCACAACAAAGAACCAGAAAUUUCAAAUACAUUCCUAAACUGAUGGAACCACAGUUAUUUACUGUAGAAAUUCUAGGUGAUUCGGUUGAGGAACUCAGUGAUUCAGAAGACCAGGAGUUGACUGAGAAAGACAUGAGUGAACCACAAAUUUCUGUGAGUGCACUGGCAGGUAGCCAAGGAUUUAGUACCAUGAGAGUAAAGGGGUUGGUGAAAGGGAAGCCACUUCAAAUCUUGGUAGACUCAAGUAGCACCCACAAUUUUGUUGAUCUUGAAUUUGCUAAAAAGUUAGGUUGUAAAUUGGACAAAAUUCCAGCUCAAGCCAUUACAGUGGCUGAUGGAAAUCAUCUUGCCUGUCAACACAGUUGCCAUGGAUUCACUUGGGAAAGGCAAGGGGUGACUUUUGUUACUGAUGUGUUGUUAAUACCCCUAGGUAGUUGUGAUAUGGUACUGGGAAUACAGUGGCUUAGCUUGUUUGGUCCUAUCAGUUGGGAUUUCAAUAAAUUGAGAAUGGAAUUUUGUCUAGAUGGGAAACAGAUUAUGCUUAAGGGUGUGCCAACUAAGAAACUUAAAGUAGUGGAAGGUGAACCUUCAGCCAAACUUUUCUCUACAGCUGCACACCUUUGCUUGAUGCAAGUAAUGGAUCAAACAUGCUUAGCUACAGAAAUUCAACAGGAUAAACAGGAAUAUGAGGAGUUGAAUAAGCAUAAGUUAACUUACAGCAUGGUGUUUGAAGAACCAACUGCCUUGCCCCCUAUGAGAGGAGUGUUUGAUCACUCCAUACCACUGAAUCCCGGUACAACUCCUGUGAAUAUUAGACCCUACAGGUAUCCCCUUAAACAAAGGGAUGUGAUUGAGCAGCUUGUUCAGGAAAUGCUGGAUAGGGGGAUUAUUCAUCCCAGUUCUGGCCCAUUUGCAUCACAUGUGGUGGAAUUAAACAGCAGAACAAUCAAGAAUAAGUUCCCAAUUCCAGUAAUUGAUGAACUAAUUGAUGCGUUGUCAAGAGCAGCAGUGUUUAGCAAGCUUGAUCCGAGGGAAGGAUAUCAUCAGAUGAGAGUCAAUGAAGAUGAUGUCUAUAAAACAGCUUUUAAAACACACACAGGGCACUAUGAAUUCUUGGUCAUGCCAUUUGGGUUGACCAAUUCUCCUGCUUCUUUCCAGAAUUGGAUGAAUCAAGUCUUUAAACCUUUACUUAGGAAAUGUGUCUUGGUGUUUUUUGAUGAUAUUCUGGUGUACAUCAAAUCAUUAGAGGAUCAUUGGAUGCAUCUCAUUAUGACAGAUCCACAGAAGAUUUCUGCAGUUAACAGUUGGCCAGUCCCUUCUACAGUCAAAGAACUUACGGGAUUUUUGGGUUUGGCUGGUUAUUACAGAAAGUUUGUGAAGGGAUAUGAUGUCAUCAGCAAACCUCUCACUGAACAGCUCAAGAAGAACAAUUUCCUAUGGAAUGAUGAAGCUCAGAGUGCUUUUGAUGCACUGAAACUAGCCUUGGUGACAGCACCUGUGUUGGCAGUUCCAAACUUUGACAAGCAAUUUAUUGUAGAAAUCGAUGCAUCCAAGACAGGUAUUGGAGCAGUACUGAUGCAGGAUGGGCAUCCUUUGGCAUUUAUUAGUAGAGCUUUGGGACCUAAAUGGAAAAAGCUCUCAGUCUAUGAAAAAGAACUACUGGCUAUUGUAUUUUCUGUACAAAAAUGGGAGCAGUAUCUCAUGGGAAGUCAUUUCCUUAUCAAAACAGAUCAGAAGAGCUUGAAAUGGCUCCUUCAGCAGAAAAUUUCUACCCCAUUUCAAUAA